AUGGGUAGCCAACCACAUGUGCUAGUCAUACCAUUUCUAGCACAGGGCCAUGUUGCCCCACUUAUGAAGUUGUCACACCAGAUUGUCGGUCAUGGGAUCAAGGUCACAUUUGUUAGCUCUGAGUUCAUAAAUGCAAGAUUAACAACUACAAUGCCAAUGAAUAGCCCGAUAAGGCUAGUUUCACUCCCGGAUGGUCUAGAACCCGAGGAUGAUCAAACUGAUGCUCUUAAACAGAUAAAUAGUUUUGAAGAAGUUAAGCUAGAUCAUUUCAAGCACUUGAUUGAGAAAAUUAACGAAUCUGAUGAUGAUGAUCGAAUCAUUUGUGUCAUUGUUGAUGUAACAGUUGCGUGGGCAUUUGAUGUUGCUGAGAAGAUGGGAAUUCAAAGUGCUACAUUUUGA